AUGUCCCUUAAUCAUUGCUGCAGAGAGAGAGAAAGCACUGAGGGCUACGAAGAACUUUUAUGCUUCCUUGCGAGUGCAUUGACGAGGAAACAGGAGGCUGCGGAGCAGAGUCGCCGAAAAGUAUCAACACCUGUUCAAAGGAAGCCCCUACUUCAAGAAGAUGAAGAAGAAUAUGAAGAUGUAGAACUCUCAGAUAAAUGUCCAGAGCCAAAUGGAUACUUUCCAGAUGUCGAGCAAUGUGAUAAAUAUUACGAUUGCAGGGAUGGCAAAUUUACAGAAAAACUUUGUCCAGAUGGUUUAGUUUUUAACGAUUUUAGUCCCCAACAUGAGAAAUGUGAUUUACCUUUUGGCAUUGACUGCUCUAAGAGAACAAAAUAUCAAAAGCCACAACCGAGUCCUCACUGUCCUCGAAUGCAUGGUUACUUUGCGCACGAGGACAGCACCAAUUGCGACACGUUUUAUUAUUGUGUCGAGGGCAAAUUUAACAUGAUAACGUGUCCUGCUGGUUUGGUCUUCUCACCAAAAACUGGAAUUUGCAAUUGGCCAGAUGAGGCUCAAAAGAAGGGCUGCGGGUCGAGGGAGCUUUUUAAUUUCACUUGUCCUAAAGUCGAUGAAUCAGAAGCAGCUACCCAUCCUCGUUAUCCUGAUGCUGAAAAUUGUCAAUAUUUCUAUGUCUGUGUUAAUGGAGAAAUUCCAAGGCGAAAUGGAUGCAAACUUGGCCAGGCUUUUGAUGAGAACACUGGGAAAUGUGAUUGGGCUCGAAAAAUUCCUGAAUGCAAAGAUUGGUACAAGGGACAAUUAACAGAUGAGGAAUUGGAUGCAUUGGAAAAUCCGAAACCUAAACCAAAGCCUACUGGUGGUCCAAGCAGACGAAGGGGGGCUAGACCAGGCACUUCUACUCCAGCUUAAAAUGAAGAUUUAAAUAAAUCUUGUACAUCUUUAAGUCGAUUUUUUAUCAAUAGCUUGUGAUUAUAAUAAAUAAAAUAUACUCGAAUUUUUGUUAA